GGACAGCCAAUCAGAAAGGAGCUAGCGCCCGACUCGCCCAUCCCACAUUUUCCGCCUUUUCUUGAGUCGCCCGUGGCGGCGGCGCUGUCCGCUGGGCCGGCCUGGGUCGCCGCCAUCCGUGCUGCGCUCCGCGUCCCUGACGGGCGUGCUCGCAGUCCCCCCGACGCGUGUGCAGGCGUGUGCUGGUGGUGGGGACAUGGCGGACUCGGCCUGCGAGGAAGACUCGGGCCAGGGGGAGGACACUUUUCUGUACUUCGCGUACGGCAGCAACCUGCUGACCGAAAGGAUCCACCUCCGAAAUCCCUCGGCCAAGUUCUGCUGCGUGGCCCGCCUGCAGGAUUUUACACUGGACUUCGGCAAUUUCCAAGGAAAAACAAGUCAGCGGUGGCACGGAGGAAUAGCCACCAUUUAUCAGAGUCCUGGUGAUGAAGUGUGGGGAGUUGUAUGGAAAAUGGACAAAAGCAAUCUAAGUUCUCUGGAUGAGCAAGAAGGGGUGGAAAGUGGAAUCUACAUUGUGAUAGAAGUUAAGGUGUCAACUCAAGAAAGAAAGGAAUUAACCUGUCGAAGUUACCUGAUGACAAAUUAUGAGAGCGCUCCCCCAUCCCCGCAGUAUAAGAAGGUUGUGUGCAUGGGUGCCAAAGAACAUGGUCUGCCCCUGGAGUAUCAGAAGAAGUUAAAUGCAAUAGAAGCAAAUGACUACAAAGGAAAAGUCUCCCAGGAAAUAGAAGACAUGCUCAAGAAGCAGGAAACCAAGCCUUAGUAGAGCCUUCCAGAAUGCAUCUCAGGACAGUCUCCCCAGUGUACCACGAGAAGACUUCUUCCCGUUAGAGAACAGAGUCCCGGGUAUCUCCACAUUGAAUCUGCUUCCAGCAAUCCCUUGAAGGGACUGUUCAUUGGGUGGUGCCUUUUUCCCAGAUUAGAAACAGACACUGGGCAGAGGAGUAAGAUGGCCAAGACCCCGCAAC